AAUAUUUAAAAAGUUCGCGACCGCAAUGUCUUCUGAACAUGGGCCGCCAAUAAAGCUAGAAAACGAACCAAAGAAACUUUUGCGGCAUCGCUCGAAAGUAAUCAAAACUCAACGAUGAAUUUUGGUGUUCCGGCUGACUCGACUUUGUUAUUUCGUGCUUGUGAUGAAGGUGACUACGAGUGUGCAAAGAGGAUUCUUGAGCCCGGAACAAACGAAUCUGGAACCCAGUGUCGACUGCGUUUGGAUUCAGGUUCGGAAAGCAAUGUGGACAUUACUCGAGGACUAUCCGUGGUACCCGUUGAUUGUACAGACGAAGAGGGUAACACUGCGUUACAGUUCGCUGCUGCCAGUGGUCAUGAAAACCUGGUUCGUUUUUUGCUCAGAAAAGGGGCUUCGGUGGAUAGUCGCAAUAAUUACGGAUGGACACCCCUCAUGCAGGCUGCGAGGUUUGGUCACCUGAAUGUGGCCCACAUUCUGCUGGAGAAUGGGGCUGAGCUGAAUGGUAGGAACCGCAUGGGUGCCAGCGUGCUUAGCAUGGCAGCACGGGGAGGCCACGCCCACGUGGUCAAGCUCCUCCUCGAGAACGGAGCUUUUGUGGAUGACUUUGACCACCUGGCCUUGGCGGAGGGGAACACCAAUGGAAACAACAGUAAUCAUGGCGACAGCGGAAGAAACUUCUUGGACAUUACAUCCCUGCUUGUGGCUGCCCAGCACGGCCACGAGGCCACGGUUCGGCUUCUGUUGGAAUGGGGAGCUGAUGUCAACUUUUCCCAGAAGACUACUGGUUGGAGUGCGCUCAUGCUGGCCACGGCCAGUGGGAAGGCGAGCGUCGCUCAGCAGCUGGUUGAGAGGGGAGCCGAUCCAGACCACCUCAACGUUCUAGGAAAGACGGCUUUCGAAGUGGCUCUCCAGCUCAAGCUUAAAGAGGUGAAGAGCUACCUGGACUCCAUAACCACAGUGCGACCACAGCCAGAUGAGGAGAAGAGAAGGCCGGAUGUCUUCAGUGCACUGAAGUUGGGGAAUGCCCAGCUGGUGAAGGAGAUCCUGGACGAGGACCCGUCUCAGGUGAACAUGGCCAACGCGGAUGGUGCGUCUCCUCUGAUGAUCGCUGCUGUGAGUGGACAACUGGAGGUGGUGCAGCUGCUGGUGGAGAAAAAUGCUGAUGUGGACAAACAGGACAGUGUUCACGGCUGGACGGCCCUCAUGCAGGCCACCUAUCACGGAAAUAAAGAGGUGGUGAAAUAUUUGCUCAGUCAGGGUGCUGAUGUACAUCUGAGGUCAAAGAAUGGCUACACAGCUUUUGACCUUGUGAUGUUGUUAAAUGACCCAGACACAGAGCUGGUGAGGUUGUUGGCGUCCGUCUGUAUGCAGGUGGAUAAAGAAAAGACAAAACACCGUGGUAAAACUCCCCUCAGGCGCCGUCCUUCAGCUAACGUGCCCAUGCCCCCCGAUGACAGGGGAGGUCUAAAGUCCUGGUGGAACAGAAUGUCCAACCGUUUUCGGAGGCUGAAGCUGACACACACCUUAAGGCAUGGGUUCUCCACCAAUCGCCUCGCUCCAUUUCCUGACGAUGCAGAAGUCUCCUUGGAUGCUACCAUGAAGGCUGACAGUAGGAGCACCGGGAGUAGCCCUGGACCCAGCAGAACAGUAGCGCCCCCUUCUGGAGUUGGGAGCAAUGACAGCUGCACAGCCUGGGCCGUGAAGACCAAAGACAGCGGUCUGGGUAGGACCAGCAGUGAGAAGGAUGACUUUCUCAUCACCACAAUGCUGAGAAAUGGUGCCCCAUUGACCCGCCUGCCCAAUGACAAGCUGAAGGCCGUGAUUCCUCCGUUCCUGCCUCCUUCCAACUUUGAGCCGUGGAACUCGGACCGCUCCCGGGUCCUUAAAGAGGGAAAGACGGCCGAGCAGCCUCGCCUGUCCAUGCCUCACAGGCCCAGCAAGGCCAGCUUCAACAGCAGCGGAAACUCUGACAUCACAUCCAUCAGUCGAGUGGUCAGCAGAUCCAUUAAGUUUCCCAGUAUCAGUAAGGGUCCAUCCUCCUCUCCCUCCAACUCAGGCAAUUAUAACUCCCCUCACUCAUCAGGAGGCUCUAACGGAGUGGCAGGUCUCACACGCCACGCCUCGGACUCACACAACCGUUCAGGUGGUAGUGGAGCAGACAGCGUGUUGUCUCAGAUAGCUGCCCAGAGGAAGAGGGCGGCAGGCCUGUUGGACGUGAAGGCUCAGUCUCCAGACACGCCCAGUCCUGCCCCCACACCCCUGCCUCCUGUCCCCGACAUCAGCCUGCCUGACAUCCACAGCACCACCAGCCUGGUGUCCAGACGGCAGAAAGUAGAUCUGAAGAAGAGGCCUCAGUCGGGUAACUCUUCCACCUCUAAGAGCACAUCUCCAACACUGACCCCCUCACCCUCCCCAACUCCAAAACCGCCCACCGGGGACUCUCUUUCCUCAGCAUCCUCACACCCUCGCUCCAAGAGCAGCGGUGGCUCCAGCAGUGGCACCAUCACAGAUGAAGAUGAGCUGUCUGGUAUUUUGAAAAAGCUAUCUCUGGAGAAAUACCAGCCUAUCUUUGAAGAACAGGAGGUGGAUAUGGAAGCUUUUUUGACCUUGACUGAUGGAGAUCUCAAAGAGCUGGGCAUUAAAACCGAUGGACCCAGACAGCAGAUUCUAGCCGCCAUAUCUGAGCUUAAUGCUGGGAAGGGACGGGAGAGGCAGAUCCUACAGGAGACCAUUCAUAACUUCCAGUCCUCCUUUGGCAGCAGUGCCAGCAACCAUCGUCCCACUGGAUACCCACACUCUCCAUCUGGCUGGAUGAGACACCAGGUGCAUACCUCAGGGAAGAGGUAACACUACAACCACUCAUCUCUCAGACGGAGGGAUGUAUUCAUCGAAAUCAAGGGCACCGGAGCAACCCAGCAACAACCCCCCAACAAAACACAAAACGUCGUGCAGCCUUGUUUCUGUGGCCGCUGUACCACAUUUGUACACCAGAUGGCGCUAUAGCACCAUAGCGGGGAUUUUAUGUCAAAACAGAGUAGGUUGUAUGAGGUCUUCUGGAAGUGUGACAGUGUUGUUUGUGUUGAGAGAGUGGGCCAGGUUUUUAAUGCUCUUAAAAGAUCUGCAGACCCAGUCUGGUCAAUUGGAUUUUGGGGGCGUUCGAGCAGAAGAGGCCACACCAGGCCGUCCCAGAGUGAACGUCGUAAAUACCAGACCCGAGGUUGUUGUUGUCAUUUAUUAUGGAGAAAAGUGAAUAAAGAAGAGAAUG